AUGUCGAUGGACUUGACUCAUCCCUUAGGCGGUAGUGAAGGUAACUUGGAUCCGAUGACUGGCCUCGUCAUAUACCGUAUCCUUCAACAAACCUGCGGUGAUCCAAGAGUAUUACAGGACGAGAUCAGUGACUAUCAGAGAGUCGUCGACCAAAAAUGGAAAGGAUACACUUCCUCAGAUACUCUGAAUCUCGGUCAGGCACUAUGGGCUGCCCACUGGUAUUCUGACCAAGACGCUUGGUCAAAAGGACUUGCAGAUGCUGCUUUGCGUGGCAUGCGGGUAGUUUUCCACGAGACACAUUACCUGGACGUGCCGGUUGCUCAACGUCUCGCCUUUAGAGAAUUUUCGACCUGUCUCGGCAUUGGCGUGUAUCCGACCCCUGACUUGGAACCUGUCUCUGCUCAAAUAAUCGCCGAUUGGAAGAAAGCAGGUAGAAUACCUGUUCCGACCAGGAAUGCUGGACUGGAAUGUCUUGAGCCGAUCGAUCUCGUUAUGUUUGCUGCUGCAUCAUGUCCUGGAGCUUUCAAAAGAGGUUAUCUGAGUUAA